GAGAUGGGCUUCGACUCCGACCCAGUGAAGGCUUGGAAACAGGCACAGGAGAAGAAUGUUGAUAUUGUGGAGGAAGAGACGCCCGAGGAAGGAGUGGAGGUGGUGGACGCCAGCGGGCCGGACUUCAACUACCUGCUGAGCAUGCCCAUGUGGUACCUGAGCAAAGAGAAGAAAGAUGAGCUUUGCAAACAGAGGGACAACAAGUUGACAGAGCUGAAGACCCUGAAGAAAAAGAGUCCAUCAGACCUGUGGAACGAAGACCUGGCUGCUUUCUGCGAGGAACUGGAGGAAACUGUUGAAAUAUAA